AUGGACCUGGAGAAGUUCUACCGAGAAGAUCAUUCCUUCUACAAGGUCAUAAUUGGCGAUUUCAGUGUCAAAAGUGGCCGAAGAAGAACGCCUGAGGAACUUCACAUCGGGACCCACAGCCCACAAUGGAAUGACCAAGGGGAGAGGCUCUCCGAGUUCAUCAUGACGACCAAGACCAUCCAUGGGAACUCGCAAUUUCAAAAGCCCUCCUCUUUACGCUGGACGUGGGAGUCACCCAGUGAAGGGUACUGUAAUGAAAUAGACCACAUCAUCGUAAAUAAAAGGUUGGGCCUGGCGGACGUCGCUGUUGUGCCAAAGUUCUAUACGGGAUCGGACCAUCGCCUUCUCCGAGGAAAAUUUUCCUUCACCAGGAGAGAAGAGAAAACCGCCAAGUUCAGAGAGGGAAAUGCCAGAACUAUAAUUAACUGGGAUCACUUCGCUACGCCAGCCGGCUUCUGGGAAGAUUCCGCAAUGGACAACAUCGACGAGGAAUAUGACCGGCUCGUUGAACACCUUCACGACAGCACGAAGAAAGCUGAGAGUUUUAAAACCACCAAGAGACGCCUGCCUGUUGAAACUCUUGAGCUGAUACGCCAGCACGGAGCAGCACGAGCUACAGGGAGCCAAGAACUCACGUCCGAGUUCGCAAGGCUUUGCAGAGGGGCGAUAAAGGAAGACCUUGAAGAGAGAAGAGCAGAAGUGCUGACUGAAGCUGCAGAGGCGGGGAAAAAGAUCCGCUAUGCCCGUCGAGACUUCGCCAGUCGCAAGACAAGGAUGACUGCUCUCCGGAACCCGAAGGGAACAACCAUUGCAUCGAGAAGGGGGAUGGAGAAAAUCAUCUACGACUUCUACUCUGAUCUCUUCGACAGCCAUGUCCACUUGCUUCCUCAUCAUCUGAGCAGAGAUGGACAUGUCAUUCCAGAGGUUCUCCCGUCCGAAAUACGACAUGCUAUCAUAUCGGUAGGAAAUCGCAAGGCACUCGGUCCCGACAGAAUAAGACCAGAACACCUGAAGAACCUUCCGCCAGUACUUAUCAACACCCUGGCGAGGCUCUUUGCACGUUAUCUGUCGGAGUGCAAGGUUCCAAAACAGAUUAAGAUUGAACAAGAAGCAAGAAGAAAUGAAGCUGCACGACGGGUUAGAAAACCAAUAGAGACAGUCGACGUGAACUACCAGUCAUCAUUAAAACAGGGAGAUUCACAUGAUAUCGGAAACUAUCUCCCACUCUGCUUACUGUCCGUCAUCAACAAACUCAUUACAAGAGUGAUCCUUAAUAGGAUUGAAAAAGUCUUGGAUGAAAGACAGCCAUGCGAGCAAGCAGGGUUUCGAAAAGGAUUCAGCACGAUUGACCACAUUCACACUGUUUCCAAACUCAUCGAGGUAUCACGAGAGUACAAGAUACCGCUCUGUCUCACCUUCAUCGACUUGAAGAAGGCCUUCGACUCAGUUGAGACGGAAGCGGUCGUGGAAGCCUUGGACAACCAAGGCGUCUAUACUCAGUACAUAAAAGUACUUCGAGAGUUGUACAGUAACUUCACGAGCGGAAUUUUGCCAUUCUACAAGGACAUCAUCAUUGACGUGAAGAGAGGGGUCCAGGGUGAUACAAUCUCACCCAAAAUAUUCACAGCCACCCUCGAGAACGCAAUGCGAAAGUUGGAAUGA